AUGGGGGCGGCGGCAGCGGAAGCGGAUCGCACGCUCUUUGUGGGCAACCUUGAAACGAAAGUGACCGAGGAGCUCCUUUUCGAGCUUUUCCACCAGGCUGGGCCAGUAAUAAAAGUGAAAAUUCCGAAAGAUAAGGAUGGUAAACCAAAGCAGUUUGCAUUUGUGAAUUUCAAACAUGAAGUGUCCGUUCCUUAUGCGAUGAAUCUGCUUAAUGGAAUCAAACUGUUUGGGAGGCCCAUCAAAAUUCAGUUUAGAUCAGGAAGUAGCCAUGCCUCACAGGAUGUCAGUUUGUCAUAUCCCCAGCAUCAUAUUGGAAACUCAAGCCCUACCUCUACAUCUCCUAGCAGGCAUGAAAGGACUGUGGAUAACAUGAUUCCAUCAGCACAGAUAAUUCAGAGGUCUUUCUCUUCUCCAGAAAAUUUUCAGAGACAAGCAGUGAUGAACAGUAUUUUGAGACAGAUGUCGUAUGGUGGGAAAUUCGGUUCUCCACAUCUGGAUCAGUCAGGAUUUUCCCCAUCAGUUCAGUCACAUAAUCCUACUUUUAACCAGUCUUCAAGCUCCCAGUGGCGCCAGGAGACGCCAUCCUCACAACGUAAAGUCAGACAGAAUUCUCAUCCCUACAUCCUGGACAGACAUUACAGCCGUGAACAACGCUACACUGAUCAUGGGUCUGACCAUCAUUACAGAGGAGGCAGGGACGACUACUUCCAUGAAGAUCGGAAUCCUGAUGGCUGGAGCCACGAUUAUGAAAACAGAAGAGACAGUAGUAGAGAUGGAAAAUGGCGUUCGUCUCGACACUAACAAGUAUUAAAAGGACGAUGUUUUUAGAGGGUCAUUCUAGGUCCCUUUGGCUGAAUUGAUCUGGAGGUGUUUUGUUAACUUUACAGAGCAGCUUUACAAGUUGCCACAUUUCUUUAUAAAAUUUUUAAAACCUAUA